AUGUCCCUGAUGGCGCAUCAUUCCCCGACGCCUAUUCUGCAGCCCACUCCGCUCCCGGAGCUCACUUCCAGUCUCCUGUCAGACGACACCGACUCUACAUCGAACUCCUCAGCCUCUGUGACGCAGUGCCCAUGUUGCGCCUCGCCCGUUAUUCCAGAUCUAGCCACCUUGGCCGAGACCAUUCCAGACCGGGAACUCAAUAUGUCCACCACGCCUGAAGACCAGUUCUCAAACACACUGAGGAUCUAG